AUGAUCUUCCUCAAGCUUCCACUGCUCUUGGGCGCCGUGAUGCUGGCCAUGAUGGGCGGCUCCGGUGUCAUGGCCGCCACCAGCCGCCCUCUUCGGUGCAUCAUGUAUCUGACUGGCCAGCACCCGGUUGCGCCCCAAAUCGACCAGCUCGACCAUGUCACGCAUGUUGCCCUGGCAUUCAUGAGUCCCAGCAUCUUCAACGAUCCUCUGAACCAAGAAUGGCCUUUGUUCACCACCGUCCAUCAUGUCCGCCCCCGCUUCCCCAACCACACAAAGGUCUUGAUCGCCAUUGGCGGCUGGGGCGACACCAUUGGCUUCUCCGUGGCCGCCUUGAACGACGAAACGCGCACUCUGUUCGCCGCCAAUGUUGCCAAGAUGGUGGAGGCCACGGGCGCUGAUGGUGUCGACGUCGACUGGGAGUACCCCGGAGGCAACGGUGAAGACUACAAGCAAAUCCCCAACUCGGACAAGCGCUGGGAGAUUGCCGCCUACCCCCUCUUGCUCCAGGAACUGCGCGCUGCCCUCGGCCCCGACAAGGUCAUCUCAGCCGCCGUUCCGGGCUUGCACCGCGACAUGCUGGCCUUCACCCGCGAGACCGUCCCCCGCAUCAUGCGCCAUGUCGACUUUCUCAACGUCAUGACGUACGACAUGAUGAACCGUCGCGACACCGUCACCAAGCACCACACCGGCGUCGAGCUGAGCCUCCAGGCCGUCGAUGCCUACGUGGCCGCCGGUGCCGCCCCCCAGAAGCUGAACCUCGGCUUUGCCUUUUACCUCAAAUACUUCAAGACCGAGCAAGACGCCUGCGCCCAAACGUCACCAGUGGGCUGCCCCACCGUUGAGAUGGAAGAUCCCGUAUCGGGAGCCGAUCUGGGCCGCUCUGGUGCCUUUUCCUGGCACGACGACGUGCCAAAGCAUCUCCGUGCUUCCUAUGAUAGGGCUCUAGCCCAGGGAGUUUACGACCAUGACCAGGGCGGCUACUACUACUGGGACCCCACCGAGGCACUGUGGUGGACGUUCGAUACCCCGGAUGCCAUCAAGCAAAAGUUCCCCAAGGUCAUGGAGAAGCGCCGGCUGGGAGGCGUUUUUGCUUGGGGCCUAGGCGAAGAUGCCCCCAACUACGAGCACCUGGCCGCGCUGAACGAGGGUCUGGCCAAGUUGAAGGGACAAGUUACUGAUGAGAGGGAUGAGUUAUAG